GGUCCGUAACCAUUUUGGCUCAAGUCUGGGUGGUCCAAGGGAAUUGGCACCUGCUCUUGAUACACACACACACACACUCAGUCAUUCACCUUGUUUUAUGGCAGCAUGCCGCCUCGCUGCUCAGACAGCUUGCCUGCGUUAUUCGCGACGAGCAGGUUCAAAGCAAUCGUCGUCAGCACCCUCUUCUGCACGAGUGGUGCCAUUGAGUUCGCCUUGAGCAGUGAGCAGAGGGCCUCUGGGAAGGCAGGCGUGAAGACGAAGGCAAGCCAUCGGGUGGAGGCGAGCACGCAGCUGGGCGUCAUGAGCAAAGCGGGCGUCACGAGGUACAGCCACAACAAGAUCAAGGCGGUCAAGAGCGCCAAUGAGUUCUACUGGGCGAGCACUGGUGGCAAGCACGGCAAGUUCGGCACCUCAUCUUUCGCUGGCCCUGUGGACCUCGUCAACAACAUCUCGUGGGGCUGGCAUCACCCCAACGGAGUUCACAACACCGUCCUGGUCGGCGCACCGCUCAUCGACGACCAGAUGAAUAUCUACGUAGCGGCCGACGACGCCAUCCGCAAGUUUGACACGCUGGGGACCCUUCUUUGGAGCUACGGUCCGCGUGGCCAGCUGGCCUCCGCGCCUUCGCUCGUGGCAGCUGGCUACGCCAGCUCGCCCCCGCAGGGCGAGGUCCACGGCUAUCCCCCAGCGCCGUUCACCGAGGCCCACGCGUUUCGCGUUGGCGAUCGCGUCAACUCACUUCUGAGGGUUGGCGAUCAAGUCGAGGUGCUCCCAGGUAAGGAGUACCACGCCAAGGGCAAAGAGUACUACAAGACCGGCGAUGUGGGCGAAGUCAGCAAGAUCGUUGCCAGCGAUCGCGGCGAGCCAAGGGCGAUCAUCAAGUGGCCCCGCACGGGGCACGCCAGCAGCGCGCUGCUUUCCACCUGGCAGCAAAAAUUUGCCCGAAAGGAGGAUGGCACGUCGAGGCGCCAGGUUCCUGCGCUCUACGGGUCCACCGUCACAGGCUAUGGCUUUGCACUGGACCUGGAGACCGGCGACGAGCUCUGGGCGACCAAGCUGUCUGCCGAGAUUGCCGGCGUCAAGGGGACCGUGGCCGCCAAGAACGGCAUAUUCGUUGCGGCUUCCGACAAGUGCCACAACCGGUAUUGCUACAGAUACCGCAACGAGAGUAUGCACGUAAGCAUGGCGCCCUCGAACCGUGUCAUAAGGGGGCUCAACAGCGUGAACGGCACCGGCAUCUGGUCAUACACGCCAGACCAUCCAGUCUGGAAUUUUGACCCGCAGAUCACCGGGUGGGGUGGUGUGCUGUUCCAGGAUUUCCAGGGCGGGCUUUAUUGCCUCAACCUGACCACAGGCGAGGAGCUGUGGAAGCACGAGGGGCAGCUCGGCAUGUACACACAGGCUGCCGCCGUUUUCAGCGCAGAGCUGAACUACAUCUUCUCGAUCACUGAGGAAGCAUAUGACAGCAGAUGGUGCGACCCAUACACUCCACCAGGGAUCCUCAUUUGGUGCAACACAGUGCAGGAUACCCAGGGGAUCGUCCGAGGCUACCACGCGGAGACUGGUGUGAAGAUGUGGGAGACUACUCUUCCUAUGCCGCCUACAGGAGCGAGCCUCGGUUCGCUCAACAGUGGCGACGGCAGAACACACCUGGUAGUCGGCAUAGGACUCAACUGUCAGUACGGGGGCACGUAUGGCAGCAUCGGCAAGCCGUCAGAGCUGUGGGCUCUGAGUGGAAAAACGGGGGGCCGACUGUGGAGGCGGGUUGGUCCCACCCUCUGGACUUCGGAUUGUGCUGGUGACAAAGAGGGCGAAGACAUCCGCCGGGCAAUGGGCACUCGACCGAAGUGUCAGCCGAACAGCUGGAGCAAUCCGGUGAUCGAUGCCAAUGGAGACGUCUACGCUGGCAACCACGUUGGAAUGGUUCAGAAAUGGGGCUCGCCUACUGGUCAGCGUUACACUGUGGACCUUCUGUCCUCGCUGGAGACUGGCUCGGCGAUGCUGGAUCAGAGCAUCGCGACGGCACCUGGCAUGAUGGCCAUAAGUACAUGCAGAUCGCUGAUCGUUCUCACGGCCUGAGCGCUGAAGGUAAUAGGCCGUGGAUCCAAACUUCGUCGCUUUUGGGUGGUCCCUCUUCUCCUCACCCCUUCACGUCCUCCCCUCUGCCUCUCAUUAUCCGUUUCUGUCUUUUCCUUUUUCUUUCUGUAGUGAGGGACUGUUGCUCUAGGUUUCCAGAUCUUCUGGGUAGCAUGAUGCCUAUGCUCUGCCGCUGCCUUGCAGGGCUACGCAGUGUCCGCGUCGGCUGGUUCGCGACGCGCCUCUGCCUGAAGUCUGAAAUUGCCACGAACCCCGACCUUGGAGGACAGGUGGGCGUGACUUGCGAGAAAGAGUACAGCAGAG